AUGAAACGCGACAAGCACUACCAGAUGGUAGUUGGUGAUCAAGUGUUGUUGGGUGAAAUGGAAACAACCAUCUUUGUUGACUCUUACAAUCUUGAGGUUUUCCAAUCAUCAUUUGAUGACAACAAGGUUUCACAUCUGGUCAUCGUCCAAGUUAACCUUGACAAUUCUUCACUAAAUGGUUCUGGACUUAUCUUCGGAGCAUAG